AUGAGAUGUACUCACCCUCUAAGCUCCACGUUGGAUUUCUUCCCUCCUCCCUUCAGCCUUGUACCGGGUAUGUGGAUCAGAAUCUGCAAUAAUGUUACGCAGUCAUCCUUCCCUAAGUCUUAUCAGAGUCUUUCUCUUGGCCCAUAUGAUCCGUUGGCUAUCGCCCUGGUUCAAAUAUUUCACUCGAUUCUUGCCACCCCAUCUGCGCUCACCGAGGCGUUAUUUCACGCACUCUGCGUCUGCGAGACGAACUUGAGGCUAAAGUCCCCGAGUAAUUCUGAUAAUCAAGCCAUUUCUUCAUGGACCACGUCUAUUGUAAAACAGGCCUACUGUCAGCCAACUAGUUCUAGUCUCCACCGCGUAUAUCCUGUUUCUAUCCCUAAAUACCAAGUUUAUCGCUUCCGAAGCCCUAGUCUCUUGUGUGCAAACCCAUAA